GGGAUAUGUAUCCAAGGAAGACGUUGGCCACUCGACAGAGUUCCAUUAUGCUGCUGCAUCGCUCGUCCUCAGCACUUUAUCGACGCUACUUUUCCGCAGGCUUGUCGCCGCGCAAUGCGACUCCCGACACCGUCGAAAAGCUGCGCCAGCUUUUGGGCGACCGCCUCUCGACAGCGAUGUCUGUACGCGAGCAUCAUGGCAAAGACGAGUCGUAUCACAGCGCGCCGCCGCCGGACGCUGUGGCGUUUGUCACAAGCACAGAGGAAGUGUCCAAAGUGUUGCAGAUCUGUUCAUCGACCAAAACGCCCGUGAUUCCGUUUGGCGCGGGGUCGUCGUUGGAAGGCCACAUCUCUGCCGUCUGCGGCGGUAUUUCCCUCGACCUGACCGGUCUCAACUCGAUUUUGAAAGUCGAGCCCGAGAACAUGAGUUGUCGCGUCCAAGCUGGGGUCACCCGUCUCCAGCUCGAAUCGGAGCUGCGUGCCACGGGACUUUUCUUCCCCGUCGAUCCUGGCGCCGACGCUACGUUGGGAGGCAUGGUGUCCACAAAUGCGUCUGGCACGACCACUGUGCGCUAUGGCAACAUGAAAUCGAACGUGUUGGCGCUCACUGCGGUGCUUGCCAACGGCGACGUGAUUCAAACGGGAUCCAAAGCUCGCAAGUCGUCGGCUGGCUACGACCUCACACGCCUCUUGAUCGGGUCCGAAGGCACACUGGGUGUUGUGACAGAGGUCGAGUUGCGACUCCACGGCGUACCAGAGAUCCAACGACUUGCAGUGUGCAGCUUUCCGUCCAUUCAACUGGCGGUCGACACAUGCACAGCGAUCAUGCAGAUGGGCAUUCCUGUCGCUCGCAUGGAGCUCAUGGACGAGCACACGAUGGCUGCAACCAACAGAUACUCGAAACUCGACAACGCCGUCCUCCCGUCGUUGGUCAUUGAGCUGAAUGGCACAGCGGAUGACGUUGAGAAUCAAACGGCGCUGGUCGAAGCGUUGACUGGAGAGUACCAAGUGCAAAAGAUCCAGUGGGCCACUUCCACCGAAGAGCGAUCUGAAUUGAUGAAAGCCCGUCAUGCAGCAUGGUACGCCACGUUGAAUUUGGUGCCUGGCAGCAAAGGGUUGUCCACCGACGUGUGCGUGCCAUUGUCGGAGCUGACUCAAGUGAUCGUCGAUACCCAAGCAGACCUGCAACAGUCCCACCUGAUCGGCAACAUCGUUGGCCACGUCGGUGACGGCAAUUUCCACGUCAUGCUGCCCUUCCUUCCAGACGACUACCCCAAGAUCCAAGCGUUCAGCGACAGACUAAUUGAGCGUGCGCUCAAGGCCGGCGGGACGUGCACUGGCGAGCACGGCAUUGGUCUGGGCAAGAAAAAGUAUUUGGAGCUCGAGCAUGGCGGACCCACGAUGGAUGUGAUGCGCGCCAUCAAGCAUGCGUUGGACCCACACGCGAUUUUGAACCCCGGCAAACUUUUCUAGUGCGAUCCUAUUGAAAGAAAUGCCAACGACGACGACGCAUUGCAUGCCC